CAUAAUUUUAAAAUAAAAAAUAAAGCAUUGAAAAAAUCAGGUGAAAAACACCUCUAAUCGGGAGCGUUUUUCAAAAAUAUCUAUUCCGAUAAUUUUUUUGGGUAUUUAUCGGUAGAUUAAUCCCAUAAAGGUCUGAAUUAAAAAAAAAAAAGAGGUAUCUGGAGAAAACAAAUAUGAGGUGGCAGAAAACGAGUGGGAACUGGCAACAAAACUGAUAUAAAAUGGGUAAAAGAGGCCGAAAUGCAGUACUCUCAUAGCUUCCCUCCUUUUAUCCGCUACACAAGAAACCCUCAUAAAUCUUUUUGGCUUUGGCUCUCUCUCUCCCUCUCUCUCUCCAUCCGUAUCAGCAAACAAAGGACCCUUUGUUUCACUCCAUUUCCCAUAACUUUCCGAUGAAAGGAGCUUCAACAGAUAGGGGCUUCGGGAUAUACAUAAGGAUCUAGAAAUGGGACAAAAGGAGUCAUAUUGGAUUAAUGGGUAUUUUGGUAAAUGGAAGUUCUUUGUCCCUCCGAGACGAUCACAUCCACUGCAAAAGUCAAGCAAAGGAUUAGGAGUUCAAAUUUAUAAUCUAUUUGUUAAUAAUUUUGGUGCAUCUUGGAGCACUUGAGCAAUGGAGACUGUGGAGCACCACUUGGAGAGUUGCUCUUGUGACUUGUGACCACAACGUUAUAUCUCUUGCAUCAACAAAUGGCAAGUCGUUCUUCCCGCACUAUAUAUGUUGGUAACCUACCUCUGGAUGUCAAAGAGUGGGAGAUUGAAGACCUGUUCUACAAGUAUGGGCACAUUUUGGAUAUAGAAUUGAAGCUUCCUUCCCGUCCUCCUGGUUUCUGUUUUGUGGAGUUUGAAGACCCUAUGGAUGCUGAAGAUGCAAUUAGGGGUCGAGAUGGUUAUAAUUUUGAUGGGUGUCGUAUCAGGGUUGAACUUGCCCAUGGUGGUAGAGGGCAAUCUUCUCGACAUGAUUAUGGUGGGGGCAGCAGCAGAGGUGGUAGAGGACGAUUUAGUGUUUCUCAUCGGUCUGAGUUUCGAGUUGUUGUUCGUGGGCUGCCUUCUUCUGCUUCAUGGCAAGAUCUAAAGGAUCACAUGCGUAAGGCUGGAGAUGUAUGCUUUGCUGAAGUCCAUCAAGAUGGUGAUGGAGCCAUGGGUAUUGUGGACUACACAAAUUAUGAUGACAUGAAAUAUGCAAUCAGGAAACUAGAUGAUUCUGAAUUUCGAAAUCCUUUUGCUAGGGCUUAUAUUAGGGUGAACUGCUAUGAGGCCGGUCCUCGCAGGGGUCGAAGCCAGAGUAGAAGUCACAUUAAGAGUCCAAGGGGGAAUCAAAGGUCUGUAUCAAAAUCGAGGUCACCUUCACCUGCCAGAUUAUCCAGAUCAAGGUCAAGGUCCAACUAAUUGCAGUUUUCAGGUUUUGUUGCUGUUGCAGGAAUGUUUGCAGAAUGGCUAGCAUCUGUUGAGUUUCCUGUUGACUUGUAGCAUUAGAAACUUGAAUAGAUAUAUGAAUAUUUUGGUACCAUAUGGUUGUGACUUGUGAGGAUAGCUCAGUAUCUUUAUGGUGUAAUCUUGUAUUGUACCCGCUUAUUUGGAUACAUGUACUGGGUGCUUGUAAUGGGACUGAUUUGCACCUUUUGACUUGCUAGUUUCUUGACAGAAAUUAAAAAGCAAUAACAGCUUAUUUGAAUACAA